AUGGUCCUGGCAAAGCUGAGGAGUACGCUGAAAAUUAUUGGCAAAGUCAAACUGGUCAAGAAGGUGCUCCAGGAUUGUGUUCAUUGUCAAAAGCAACAUGGCAGAGUGAUCAAUCAAAUUAUGGCAGAUCUCCCCAAUGACCAUUUAGAAUCAGACAAGCCAUCCUUUCAUAAUACGGGACCAGAUCUUUUCGGCCCCUUCAAGGUGGUACGUGGUCGGGGAAGUGUUGAUCGUUAUGGCCUCAUAUUUACUUGUUUGUCAUCGCGGGCUGUACAUUUAGAGGCCGUUUUUGAUAAGUCCACGGAUUCUUUCAUUCAGGCUCUCCAUCGAUUCAUAGCAAGAUGGGGUCAGGUUUGGCUCAUACGGUCUGACAAUGGAACGAAUUUUGUUGGAGCAGAAAGGGAGCUUAAGAAAGUGUUAGAAGAUUUGGAUCACAAGGUGGUGUCCAAAGAAUUGGGGAUCAAGAACAUCAAGUGGAUAUUCAACCCUCCCCUGGCCUUUGAUUUUGGAAGAGCCUGGGAGCAAGAGAUACGAAGGGUGCGCGGAAUUCUUUCUGGAAUAUUGUGUGAACAACCCAGAUCUUUAUCAGACAAGUCUCUUAAUACCCUUUUGUGUGAGGUCGAGGCCAUUAUGAAUAGUCGAUCCCUCACCCCAAGCUCAGAUGAUCCAAGUGACCUUGAAGCGAUUACCCCCAAUCAUUUGAUUCUUCAGAAUGCAGUGGCUACCUUUCCUCCGGGUCUCUUCAUCAAAGACAAGAUUUACGCCCGACACAGAUGGAAACAAAUGCAAUACUUGGCUGAUCUUCUUUGGAUCUAA